GCCGCGCAGACAUGCAGACAUGCUGCUGCUGCUGCUGCUGCUGCUGCUGCUGCUCGCCGCGGUCGCGCGCUGCUCGGCCGUCGAGUUCGCCGCCUGCCCCGACAAGCCCGCCACGCCGGACUUCGACGCCUACGCGUUCCAGGGCAAGUGGUACCUGGUGAAGGCGCACGACUUCCCGCAGGCCCAGGGCCAGCCCGGGCGGCUGUCCUGCAUCCAGCAGGUGUUCACGGCCAACGAGCACGGCGACAUGAGCUACAAGAUAGCGGACUACGACAAGAGGACACAAGAGGCCUACCGCUGGGCGCCUGCCACAGCCUUGGAAAGAGAGAACGCAUCUUCAGAUGACGGCAAGUUUGUCAUUCCCUACCCUCGAGAAGAAGACAUUCCAGUGUCUCCGCUGAAGCACUACAUCUUGAGCACUGACUACAUAAACUAUGCGAUCAUAUGGGGUUGCUUCACCAACGAGAGAGCAAACGUUACACUAGAGUCGUAUUUCGUGUCUUCACGAACGAGAAACCUCAGCAACACGGAGGAAGUGGACCGGACUAUACCUCCGGAGGUCGAGCUGCACGACAUCGACCAAACCGACUGUCCUUGAAGUCCUUAAUGUCCUUGAAGUCCUUCAACAGCUUCCAGUCCUGUUCCGUCAGCAAUAACUGCAGGGUUGCAAACCUACUGCACUACAUGAUGUCAACACGCUUCUCUUGAUCCUGCAUUCUCAUUCACGUUACUCAUGACUAUGUAUAGUAAAAGUAACGUACUGCCACUGUAGUUGAAACUUAAAAUCAGGGGCGCAACAACAGGGGGGGGGGGUGGAAGGGUAUUUCCCCCCCCCCCCUUCUGAAACCAUGAAGUGUCGGCAAACGGGGGCAAAUAAAGUGCUGUGUAAUCAAUUUUUAGAUAAUAAAACUGCUUAAAUAGCACCAUUUUCCACCUUGAAAUACAUAUUUUCCCGGGUGAAUAGGGGGGAUCGAUGAUUCUUUAUAAAAAGGUAUAUUGCCCCCUCCCCCUUUGGAAAUUUAGUUGUUGCGCCCCUGUUUAAAAUAAUUUAUGUUAUACCAUUUUUGACGAUUCAUUUAAUAUACUACUAUUCAAAGGGUGCAAUGUAAUCACAGUAAAUUUAAUUAUUUCUUUGUGAAAAUUUUUUAUUUUAAAAAUUUAUAGUAUUUUAUUGUUUUUGAAAGAUUUUUUUAAAUAUAUUGAAUAAAACAUUGA